UGUAGUUAUAAUAAUUUCUCUAAAAAGUGUUUUUGUAUCCGUAAAUUCAAUUCUUCUUGAAUUUCUGAAAAUUGUUUUCUGAUAAUAUUUUAUUUGGCAGACAUGUAAUGGUAUAAAUAUAAGAAUGAAUACUGUUUAUUCAGAACUCAUCUUAUGUAACUGUGGUGAAAGUUCUCAUGAGGUUGCACCUGCAAAAUUUUAUUUUUAAUGCCAUUGUACUGACCCAGAAAUUCUCAGGUCUGGUAACUUGUAUAUCUGCAUUAUAUGUAGUGGAGUGGUGUAAGAUUUAUACAGGUACUGGGGAUUGAAUGCCAGCCAGUUCUGAUGCAUGUUGUUAUACCAAGAGGUAAUUGAACUUUAGCUUUGCAGAUGUACUAAUGGAAGUUCAUCUGCUGGGAGGAUGCGAUACUUGACACCUGCUCCGCCCCUCCAGAGCCUGGCUUGCUGCCUUAGUGCUCAACUUUCAGUAGUGAGUGAGAGGCUCCAGAGGACUGAUGGUGAGCAUACACCAUGUUUGGGUGCAUCUGGGCUGUCUUGUUGCCAGCACUGCUUCCUUUUCUAGAAUCAAGAGGACAAGUUGUUUUUGAUACACAGCCGCGAAUUUUGACACAAGAUGGCCAUUUACUGCUGUUCAGCGCUUUAGACCGCAAUAUCACGCUGCGUACGUCAGGUCGUGGCUAUGUCAACCUCGACAGUGAGAAUCUCGCAUUGCUUGCCAAGACGGCAAAAUCUGCUUCGGAGACAGUCGAACACAUCCGCACAAGUGUGUUGGUAACAUUGGAGCAGAAUGUACAGAUCUUGUUGGAUGCAGUUCUUGGAACACAGGGCUUGCAGACAAAGUUGGCGUCAGUGGAGAAAGCUGUCAGAAAUGGCUCUUUGGCUGGCACCGACGAACCACUUGGGAAAAGAGUCGCAGCCCUGAACAGGAGAGUGGUUCUCUUGGAGCGUCAAGUGCGCCAGUUACGCGCGCUGCUCACUACUAACGAGUGUGCCAGUAAUCCGUGCCACAACGGUGGCACAUGCAUUGACAGUUACAAUGGAUUCUUCUGCAGGUGUCCAAGCAACUGGGAGGGAUUGCUAUGCAAUGUGGACGUGAACGAGUGCGCACAUUUCGCGGGAACCGAUCUUGGCUGUCAGAAUGGUGCAACUUGCAUCAAUAAACCAGGCACAUAUGAGUGUAUAUGUGUUAGUGGCACAUAUGGUGUCCACUGUGCUCAGCACACAGACGACUGUUUGACCUCCACAUCUGAAGAACUCUGUGGCCAUGGGACAUGUGUUAACACAAAGACCACUGGAAGUAGAAGUCACAAGUGUAUCUGUGAUCAGGGCUGGACUACCCAUGGCGGAACUGGUGCCUGUGUAUGGGAUGUGGAUGAGUGUACCAGCAGCACACACCCUGCCUGUUCUGUCAACCCACUUGUCCAGUGCAUUAAUGUACCAGGGUCAUUCUACUGUGGAGCCUGCCCUUACGGAUACACUGGCAAUGGAUUUUUCUGCUCCGACGUUGAUGAGUGUCAAGUGAAUAAUGGAGGCUGCAGUGUUUCUCCACUGGUCCAGUGCAUCAACACUCAGGGAUCUCGAGUAUGUGGCCAAUGUCCUCCAGGCUACCAGGGAGAUGGGCAAGUCUGCAACUUCCUUGGUGUCUGUGCUGUUAACAAUGGAGGCUGUCACCCACUGGCUCGCUGUUUGGACAACCCUCGUAUCAGUCAGUCAUAUGUUGAAUGCAUCUGCCCCACUGGAUAUAUUGGAACUGGUGUUGGCCCUGCAGGCUGUCUCCCCGCGUCUGGUGGCAGUGGUGGUACAGGUGGUGGGAGUGUGAACCCAUGUAAUCAUUUCCUCUGUGUGAACGGCAACUGUAUAGUAGGGUCUACUGGCACACCUGUGUGUGUUUGUCACCCUGGAUACACAGGAAUCUCAUGUAGUGUAUCUGUUGAUCCUUGUUCAAGUCGGCCAUGUCAGAAUGCUGGCACUUGUGUGCAGGUUGGCACCACUGGGUACCGCUGCAUCUGUACAGAAGGCUUCAGAGGCCUCAGUUGUGAGGAGGUGGAGCAAGCUUGCGGUGGUGAACUCUUUGGUUUGUCUGGGACACUUCAGUAUCCACAUUCUGGCAGCAUUGAGUAUGGUCACAAUGUAAACUGCGCGUGGCGCAUUAUUACCAACACUACAAAAAUACUGCAAUUGAACUUCACAAAAUUUGAUAUCGAGCAUUCUCCCAACUGUGAAUUUGACUUUUUACAGGUUCAUGAUGGCAGAUCUGCAGGGGCACACUUGCUUGGAAGAUACUGUACCAACAUCCCAAAUAUAACCUCCACUCACAACAAGAUCUACCUGUGGUUCCGCACAGAUCAUUCCAAUGCACGUGGUGGGUUUGCACUCACCUGGAACUCUACAGACCCAGUGUGUGGGUCAGCAUACCCAAUUUCGUUUAGCACACAUGGAACCCUGUCAUCACCUGGAUCUCCAGGUCGGUAUCCAAACAACCGCGAUUGUUUCUGGACACUAUAUGCACCAAACAGCAGGCGCAUUCAGUUCCACUUCUACACAGUGCAGAUUGAGGCAUCUUCUAACUGUAGCAAUGACUACCUUGAGAUUUUGUCAGGAUGGGAGAGGAACCGUGUUGCAGUGUACUGUAACACAUCACAUCCAAGACCACUCACAAUGCCCGGUAACCAAGCCACUCUGCACUUCCACACGAAUGAAGCAGUGAAUGAUGCUGGCUUCCAGCUGUCUUAUUCUAGCAUUGAAGGUUUUCCAGGCUGUGGAGGUGUAAUGACUGCAACAUCUGGUGACAUUCUGUCCCCAAACCAUCCUAAUAGCUACCUGGAAAAUAUGGACUGUGAGUGGCAUAUUCAGCUGCCAGUGGGAGAGCGGGUACGCCUCAUGUUCCUGGCUUUCUCGCUCGAACCGUCGAGUGGCUGCUACUUUGACUAUGUUGCAAUCAGAACAGGCCUGGACCCUAGUGCUCCGUCUGUGGGACGCUACUGUGGAAAUCAACUCCCCAGUCCUUACACAUCGAUCGGCAAUGAGCUCGUUAUUCGUUUCAAGUCAGACUGGUCUGCCAGUGCUGAAGGCUUCCACAUCAAAUAUGAAUCAAUAUGUGGCGGUGUGUUCAGUGGGGGCACUGGAGUGAUCAAGUCUCCAUUCUACCCCAAUGCAUACCCCACAAACCGUGUGUGUAUUUAUGAAAUAGAGCUACCUCUUGGGCAGGUAGUGAAUCUCUGCUUCCAAGAUUUUGAAGUGGAAGACACAUUCUCUCCCCCGUGUCGUUUUGACUACGUUGAGAUUCGUGAUGGCCACAAUGAGAAUGCUACGCUUCUAGGAAAGUACUGUGGUGGACAGGACCAGUUUCCUAACCCGUGCUUCAUGUCGCAAUACAACUUCCUUUGGCUCAAGUUCAAGACAGAUGGCUCGAUAUCAAACCGGGGAUUCUAUGCCAACUACUCAUCCAUCAGUGUUGAGUGUGGUGGCAUCCUGAAACAGCAACAGGGCACCAUCCAGACCCCCAACUACCCAUUGCACUAUCCAAAUGAUCACACAUGCCGGUGGAUAAUUGUUGGGGCGGCUGGCACCGCGGUGCAGCUCACUUGGCAUUCAUUCCAUCUGGAGGCGAGCAGGCGAACCUGCUGGUAUGAUAAGGUGCUUGUCUAUGAUAACAGCUCUGUGCCUGGACAUGGUGGACUUAUGGGAACGUUCUGUGGUAACAGCAUACCCCCUGUAUUGACCACUACAGGCAAUGUAAUGUCAGUAGUCUUCAAAAGUGACUACAGUGCCUCCAGGAAGGGUUUCUCAGCAGCGUACACCAUUAUGGACUCUUCAACGAUGUGUGGUGGUACGUACUUCACCACCAUGGGUUCACUGCAGUCUCCUAACUAUCCCAGUUAUUACCCCAACAGAAAAGACUGCACAUGGAUUAUAUCUGCUCCUGCUGGACAGCAGAUCAAGCUGAAUGUUACUGAUUUCAGCCUUAAGAAAAGUAAUCGCUGCCAGUAUGACUACCUUGAAAUUAGAAAUGGAGGAUCGCAGCUUGCUCCACUGAUCGGCCGAUAUUGUGGUACUACAAUUCCCACAAUCAUUCCAUCUAUGAGCAAUCAGCUGUUUCUUCAUUUUGUAACGGGUACUUAUAGCCGAUUCAAAGGCUUUCACAUCACUUGGGAUGCAACUGCCACUGGCUGUGGAGGAUCCCUUAUUGCCCCAACUGGAUCAUUCACCUCUCCCAACUAUCCUCAGGCCUACAGCCACUUUGGGGAAUGUUUCUGGAGAAUUUCUGUGAACAGGGGCAGUGUGAUCCAGAUUGUGUUUGUUGAUCUUGAUUUGGACAGUAACGCUUUCUGCGUGUUAGACUACAUUGAGUUGUAUGAUGGGAGGGAUGCAUUGUCAAGAAAGUUGGGCAGAUACUGCUCCACUGCGCCUCUGAUUUUACGCUCGACCACAAAUCACAUGUUUAUCAAGUUCCACUCAAAUGCAAAUAGUGCAGGAAGGGGCUUCCAUAUCCGUUAUCAGACAGAUUGCAACACCGCUGUAACUGGAUUCAGUGGGGUGAUUGAGAGUCCUAAUUUCCCAUCUGAUUACCCGGAUGGAUUGGACUGCACAUGGAACAUUACAGCAACCAGAGGAAACAAGAUCAAUGUCACGUUCUCACAUUUCGAGUUGGAAGACAGCAGCUGGUUGUCGUACUAUGAAUUCGGAGAAACACGUGAUUGUCAAUAUUCUUAUGUUGAGUUAAAGGAAGGAGAAGACAAUGCAGUCCCUGACACAGUGUUGAUGCCCAGGCGGUGCGGGUCUGAAAUACCAGGUCUCAUCCACUCUUCCAAGAAUCAUAUGUAUGUUCACUUUGUGACAGGUUCAUCUAGAGCCUACCCUGGAUUCCGACUUGAGUGGAUUGUCGAUGGCUGUGGUGGUAACCUGAAGAAGUCUUUUGGACAGUUAACGUCACCUGGCUAUCCUCGAAAUUUUCCUGAUAACACAGAUUGUGAAUGGACAAUUACAGUGGAUUGGGGUCACAGUGUGGAGCUGACUGUUGAGGACUUCAGCUUAAGCCAAACUUCAGAAUGUUAUAGUGGCUCUGUGACUAUCUACUCUGGGACAGAUGACUCAGGUCUGCAGCUUUCCCAGUUGUGCCAUCCCUCUAAAAAUGUAGUUUUGACAUCCAGUGGCAAUUCCAUGUUUGUGAGAUUAAAAAUUGGUUUUGUAUAUGGUGGAAAAGGAUUUAAAGCUUCUUACAAAACAGUGAACUCAAAGUGUGGGGGAAAAUUCACCAUGCCAGUGGGUAGUAUCCACUCCCCCAACUACCCUGGCAACUACGAUAACAACCUUGACUGCCAAUGGCUGAUAGAUGUUGACAAAAAUUUUGUCAUUUUAUUUGCAUUCGCUGAUAUUGACAUGCCCACACUAGACUGUGAAGAUAACUUUGUGAAGGUGUAUGAUGGGAACAGUACCGACAGCACACAGCUGUACUAUUACUGUAAUGACAGCCUUUCUGCUUCGAACAACUUUACGUCAACUGGCAAUCAGCUUCUGGUGCACAUGAAGACUAACAACAUGCCAACAGCAAAGGGAUUUCUUGCCAACUACACCUUGACCUGUGGAGCACGCAUCAUGGCAGAGGAUACUGGGAUAAUAACAACACACAACAUAAUAACCUCUUAUGAAAGUCAUAACUGCUCAUGGAUCAUCAUUGCUCCAAGUCCAGAGGAUCGGGUGACUCUUACAAUUACUGUAAUGGAUUUGAGCCUACACUGGUACCAUGAUUCACAAGAAUGUCCAUUUUAUCGCAUUGAAGUGCGGGAUGGUGAUAAUGCAGGAGCACCACUCAUAGGAACUUACUGUAGGUCCAGAGCUCCGCCACACCUUACCACUCAGGGUUCUGCCAUGUUCGUGCAAGCCAUGUCAUUGUAUGGUGGUCAGAUAGGAACUUUCAGUGCCGUGUACUCGGUGCUGAGCUCUGCAUGUGGUGGUAAUCUGUCAUCUGAACAUGGCUCAUUUGCAUCGCCUGGCUACCCGAAUAGCUAUCCCGUGGAGUCCGACUGUGAAUGGUUCAUUGGAACGUCACCAGGUAACCGAGUGCUUGUGAGCUUCAGCCUAUUUGAACUGGAGACAAGUGAAUUUUGCAAUGAUGACUACAUAGAACUGCGAAGAGAGAGUGCAGUAGGGACACUGAUUGGUGUGUACUGCGGAACUGACAUACCCAGCAACAUCACCGCGUCUCAUAGUAUCUGGGUCAGGUUCCAGAGCAGUGGGACGGGAACUGCUCGUGGAUUCAUAGCCGACUACAGCAUGUUACACGGCAAUGACCUGAGUGGCCCGUCAGGACAGGUGGCAUCGCCACUAUAUCCACGCUCCUACAUGCAUGAUGAUACAUUCUUCUGGAGAAUCAUGGUGGAUUUCGGCCAAGUAGUUGCCAUCACUUUCAGAGAAUUCUUCAUUGAUACCUACUUUUCAGGUUGUGACUCCUAUCUUGCUGUUUACGAUGGUUUUGAUGUGACUGCCCCAGUGCUAUUCAAAGGCUGUAAUGGUGAUUUGCCAGAUCCCAUGAUCUCGAGUUCUAACGUUGUAUACAUUGGUUUUGUCUCGCAUCCUUCCCAUCUUGGCUCAAAAUUUCUACUGGAGUGGCUGCAGGUGAACAGGCAGAUUUCCAGUGUUACUGUACAGCCACCUACAAUUCCAGGUUGUGGAGGUUUGAUAGGCCUACAGGUGGGAGGAAAUCAUUCCAGUGAGAUGUUUACAUUAAUUAGUCCUGGGUAUCCUGAGGGAUAUGCUGACUCAUUGAACUGUGAGUGGAUCUUUGAAACUGCUCCAGGGAACCAUCUGGGCUUACUCUUCCAAAACAUGGAUUUAGAACACUCUGACUCGUGCUUCCUGGACUAUGUGGAGGUGCACACAGGUAAACGAGGGUUGCCAAACUGGAGACUCCUGAGGACACUUUGUCUGCCAAAUGUGACACAUCAGUUGAUAGAGACUACAAACCUGAUGAAGGUCGUGUUCCACACAGACUAUUAUGCAAACAAGACCGGUUUCAAAGCAAAUGUUAAAAUAGUGUGUGGCGGAUUAUUGACCGGACCAAACGGGGUGAUUGACAUGCAGAAUGAAACUCGAGCGCUCCAUUGGUUUCAUACGUAUCAGCACCUACAGUGUGAAUGGAACGUCACCGUUAAAGUUGGCAGAACUAUUGCAGUUGAGUUCCCAGUGUUCAAUGUUCCAUCUGUGGAUACGACUCACUGUGCGGAGAAUAACAUUGUGCUGAGGAAUGGAAGAUCCCGGGCCUCUCCGAUGUUGGGACAGGGCAGAUACUGUGGUACAGAAGCUCCAACAAAUAUUCCUGAAACUACAGGAAAUGAACUAAGUGUUACAUUUGUUGGCUUAUCAGCAGCAGCUAUCUUCAAGUUGGUUUACCGAGAAGUGUCAGUGGCUUGUGGAGGUCACACGGUACUCUCUGCACAAAACAGCUCAGUUGUGAUUAUGUCACCGCACUUCCCAAGCGCCCCACCACCACACACCGAGUGUGAAUGGAUCAUAAUGGCUCCUGCAGGCGAGAAGUUACAUUUGGAAUUUGUGGAACGGUUUGAUGUCACCACUUCACUGGAGUGAGUACCUCUCAGAUAUAU